AUGACAAUGAUCGAUGUAGUUGAAGCAUUUGAUGUUCCUUGCUAUGUUUUCUUCACUUGUGGUGCUGCUAGUCUUGGUCUUAUGUUCCAUUUUGAAACACUCGAGGAUGAGCAAACUAAGGAAAUAUCCGAUUUAGUCCAAGUUGAAAUGAAAUUGGUCAUUCCUAGCUUAACCAACAAUGUUCCAAGUAGCGUCCUCCCAAUUUUUACAACUAGAAAGGAAAUUUGGCGUUGCUGGUUCUUGAAGGCUACUCGUGAGUAUAGAAGGGCCAAGGGCAUCCUAGUCAACACAUUUGCUGAUCUUGAGCCUCAUGCUAUUAAUUCUUUUCUAAUGGAAUAUUCUUAUGGGGAAUUUGAAAAUCAUGGACUUGCUUUGCCCGAAGGAUUCUUGGAUCGAACAGCUUUGAUUGGAAAAGUUGUGGGCUGGAUUCCACAAAUGGCCAUUUUGUCACACCCUGCCGUGGGUGGAUUUGUGCCACAUUGUGGCUCGAACUCAAUAUUGGAGGGUAUUUGGUGUGGUGUGCCAAUUGCUGCAUGGCCAUUGUUUGGAAAGCAACAAUUCAACGCAUUCCAAUUGGUGAAAGAGUUAGGAAUGGCUGGGGAAAUUAGUUCGGAUUUCAACGAAGCUAAUAAGCAUCAACCUUUGGCGAAGGCAGAACAAAUAGAGAAAGGAAUAAGGGAAGUCAUGGAUGGUGAGAAUGAUGCCAGGAAAAAGGUCAAAGAGUUUACUAAGAAAUGUAGGCAAGCUAUGAAGGAAGGCUGUUCGUCUCGUGUGGCCUUUGAGAAUUUGAUGCUGACUCUGUGCAGUAGCCUCCAUCAAGCUUCCCAAGUAUUGGGGAGCCUUGGUAGAAAAUAA